UUGCUGGCAUUCCCGUAUUGUGCUCCCCCUCAAACUCGGAAACUAGGCAGUAUGGCAAGUUUUGAAGAGGACUUUGACGGCGCUGUAAAGCUAGCAUGUUUGGCUCUUUCCGUCGAAAAUUGCAAAGAACUUCAAAAGAUUUGCUGACAGCAUUUGCUGAGGAAGAAAGAUGUUCUUGCCUGUUUUCCCACAGGCUAUGGCAAAAGCUGUAUAUAUAAAGCGUGGCCUAUUGUGUGCAGCGAGCUAGCAGGGGUAAUGUUCAAUUCGACCUCGGAGACUUGUAAACACAGUAUUGUGUCAUUUUAUAUAACUAUAAAAGGAUCUUCACAUAGGCGACAUACAUCUUUAAUCGUUUCUUGAGGCGUUUGCGGUUGGGAUUGAGCCAUCUCUCUGACAGCCUCUGAACGUUAAGACGUUCCAUCCAAAUAAUUUCCCCCCCGGCACUAUUUUGCAUGGACACCGCUGCUGCUUCCCCGGGUUAGCCCCACCCUAGACGAUUGUGAUUGGUUUAAAGAAAUAAAAACAGGCCAGCCCAGUUUCCCCCCGGAUAGAAGCUCUAAAUAGCGUGGUUCCAGACAAUUCUACUUGCUGUAGUUUGCUCUGGCUUUGCGAGACUAUUUUAACAGUAUCCUUAUCCUUGUUAUUAUUAUUAUUAUUAUUAUUAUUAUUAUCUUAAUUUUUUCAUCAUCAUUAUUAUGAUGAUGAUGAUAGAAGGCUCGUGUGAACGGGAAGCUUUGUAUGCGGAACUUCCAUAGCUAAGGAGAGGGGACCGGGUUUGGUGUAACUCAUCUAACUAUAAACACGCGGAGCGUGCCGUUCACGUCAUCUCAAAUCGAUUCCAGUUUUAUUAAUCCAAGCUCUGGAAUUAUCAUUUCUUACACGUAUUUUAAAGUCAUUGGAGUCGCUACGUGUGAGUUGUGGAGAUGCUGGCUCACGAGGUGACCGGGAGCUCGCUGUUCUCCGGGUUCCGUGCGCUCGGGCUGUACUCUAACCACCUCCCGCACGUGCUGCGGUACCACGCGAGGCACCGGGAGUUCUACGUGACCACGGCGGUGGGAAACCGUUUCCACACCUAUAAUGUUAAGAAGCUGGGCAUCGUUGCUGUCAGUAAUGCUCUCCCAGGGGACAUCUCCUGUCUUGCGGCUGACAGGGUGUUGGUGUUUGCUGCUGUUGGUCGAGAUGUCUAUGCCUUUGCCCGCAACAAGGAGAUAGUCCACCACUACUCGCACGCACAUGCCUCAGACGUCCACCUCUUAUUGGUUCUGGGAGACACGCUGGUGUCGGCUGACCGUGACGGACUCCUGCUAGUCUGGGACGUCCCCACUCAGGAGGAGUACCUGCGCCUGACCUUUGACCCAGCCACCUUUGACCUAUCUGCCCUGGCCCACCCUAGCACCUACCUGAACAAGGUGUUGUUGGGGAGUUCCCAGGGUGCUUUGCAACUCUGGAACCUCAAGACCAAUAAAUUGCUGUACACCUUCCAAGGCUGGUCGUCAGGGGUUACAGCUCUUCAGCAGAGUCCUGCAGUGGACGUGAUGGGCGUCGGCUUAUCCUCUGGACGCAUCCUCCUUCAUGACAUCAGAGCUGACAAGACGCUGAUGUCCUUCAGUCAAGACUGGGGACCUGUCACCACACUCAGCUUCCGCACUGACGGCCCUCCCAUCAUGGCGGCCGGCGGGCCUGGUGGUCACAUGGCCUUCUGGGACCUGGAGAGCCGUCGCUUGGUAACGCAGCUGAGACACGCCCACCGCUCUGCCGUGGCCGGAGCAACCUUCCUACCCAGCCAGCAGCUGCUACUCACCAAUGGAGCGGACAAUGCCCUCAAGGUGUGGGUGUUUGAGCAGGAAGGGGGUGUUGCCAGAUUGCUACGGAGUCGUCAGGGCCACAGUGCUCCUCCCACCACCAUACGUCACCACGGCAAUGCUGGCCGGGACAUCCUGAGUGCUGGUCAGGAUGGGACACUACAGUCUUUCUCCAGCGUCCACGAGCGCUUCAACAAGAGCCUGGGACACGGCUCUGCCAACAAGAAGAUGACCAAGAAGAAAGGGUUGAAGUUUGAAGAGAUUCUGCUUCCACCAAUCACCUGCUUUUCUUCAGAGAGUGCACGUGAGGGCGACUGGGACGGUGUGGUGGCACUGCACCGCGGUGAGGCGGCCGCGCGCACCUGGAACUACCAGCGGUGCACCAUGGGAAAACACCGCCUGGCCCCGCCCGCUGACCGCCUGGACAACGCCCGCCUCAGCAACGUGCACACAACGGCGGUUGACAUUACUUCCUGUGGGAACUUUGUUCUGAUUGGUUGGUCAUCUGGUCACCUGGACGUUUACAACCUGCAGUCUGGCAUCCACCGUGGUCACUACGGCAACCCCACUGCACACGUGGGAGCCGUGCGUGGCGUGUGCGUGGACGGUCUGAACCAGCGCGUGUUCAGUGUCGGGGCCGACUGCCUCCUCAGGGCCUGGCGCUUUAAGACCCGUAGCCAUGACGACCCCGCCCACCCCCCUCAGCUUGACAGCGCCCCCUCUCUGCUGCGCCUCCACCGAGACAGUGGUAUGCUAGCGUUGGCGCUGGACGAUCUGACGCUAGUCGUCAUCGACACAGAAACCGGACGUGUUGUCCGGAAGUUCUUGGGUCACAGCGGGAAAAUAAACGACCUUACCUUCAGUCCAGAUGGCCGCUGGCUGAUAUCGGCAUCGAUGGACUGUACCAUCAGAACCUGGGACUUGCCUUCUGGCUGUAUGGUGGACUGCUUUCUGUGUGAGACGGCUGCGGUCAGUGUCUCACUCUCUCCUAUCGGAGACUUCCUCUCCUCGGCCCACGUGGACAGCCUCGGGAUCUACCUCUGGUCCAAUAAGAGCAUCUAUAGCCUGGUCUCACUCCGCCCUCUUCCUGCUGACUACCAGCCAGUGACGGUGAGCCUCCCUGGCUCCUCCCCCAGCCCUGACGAGGAGGGACACGGGGAGAGCUGUGUUACCCUGGGCGACGAGGACGAGGACCAGAUGGCGUCUGCCUGCUGGGACUCCCAGGAGCAGCUGGAGCGUCACCUGGUCACCAUGACAUCACUUCCUGAGUCCCGCUGGAGGAAUCUGUUCAACCUAGAUGUUGUUAAGAGGAGGAACCAGCCCCAGCAGCCCCCCCAGCGACCAGCCGCUGCCCCCUACUUCCUGCCCACCGUCUCGGGCCUUCAGCCCAGCUUCCAGACCCCCGAGGCCCCGGUCAACCAGUCUAAGGUUUUGAGGCUCGGAGCUAUGGCGCAAAAAACAGCAUUCAGCAUCGCCUUGGAAACCGCGCUGGAUGAUGGAGACUAUGUCGCUCCUUUGGCGUUGCUGAAGUCUCUGGGACCUUCUGCCGUGGACCUCGAGCUGCGCGGCCUCUCUCCUGACCUAGGCUCCUCCCCCCAGCCAAGCUCCGCCCCCCAGCUCCUAGUGGCCUUCCUCCAGAUGCUGGAGGCCAUGUUGGAAGAGAGGCGGGACUUCGACCUGGCCCAGGCCUACCUGGCCCUCCUUCUCAAGCUUUACCUGCGGCCGUUGUCGGCUGACCCUCUUGCCGUUGCGACCUUGCAGCGUCUCCUCGGGCGCCUGGAGACGAUAUGGGCGGAGCUCCGCGUCUCAUUUGACCAAUCGCUGUGCCUGCUGACCUACACCAAGACCGCACUGCUCUGAGGCUGCUGGCGCCAUGCUUUCAUUUUGAUACGCAGAAGACAUGCCACUAUAAGUGUAUAGUGUGUGUGUGUGUGAGUCCUUGUCUCUCUGGCUAUGAACACAUCCCAAUAUCGGAGCAAUAGUUAGGACCUAUGACUCUAUACAACCUAUAUAUAUAUCUGUUACUCUUAAAUUGGUAUAUCUUGAUGAAUUGUAAUGUUUGUUUGUUUUGUAUUUUACCCAUUGCUGUCCUGCCUCCCUGGUCUUAUUACCUUUGCCAAAUGUGUUUUGACAUAAAUAAAGGAUUAAUAAAAAAUGGACUAAUAAACGACAUACAACAGCUCA